AUGAGUCUAAUGCGUGCUUAUGUGAGAGUUAAAUAUGGAAUCUAUUUGGAUUCCUCUAGUGAUGAAGAAGAGAAAGCUUUGCUAAUGUUUACACAACUAUGUUUGGAUGAACGAUUACGUAUUAUUAGACAACCUGUACCAAGGGAGGUACAGACACGUAGUGUAAUAACGCGUGAUCGAGUGCGGUAUGAUGCCAAAAUGAUGAAUGAUUAUUUUACACCUGGAACUGGUUAUACCUCAAGACAAUUCAAACAACGUAUAGGCAUGAGGGAAGACUUAAUCGAGAAAUUGUUAGGAAAAUUGCUUGAAGUUGAUCCAGAAUGGCAACAACGUCCAGAUGCAACCGGUAUUAUGGGGCAUUCUCCGCAUAUGAAAUUAGUUGCUGUGAUGAAAUGUUUAUGCAAAAGUAUGCCAGCUGAUAUUGUUGAUGAUUACACUCGUAUGGGUGCCACCACAAUAUACAAGUAUCUAAAAAGAUUUUGCCACACCGUUUGCAUGACUUUUGGAGAAAGAUAUUUGCGUGAACCCACUCCUAAAGAUGUUCAGAGGUUGCUACAAGAGAAUGCGGACCGAGGUUUUCUUUGA